AUGAUUAAUAAGCAACGCCAGAGAAGAAAACGAGAUCUCGAUCGAGAUUCACCGAUUUUAAUUCAUCGACGUCUUCGUCGUGCGACCAUUGAAACUUGUCAACAUUCAUCAGCGGAUAUUGACAAUAUCCUUGGAAGUCAACUUCAAUUGACGCUUCCACCUCGUGCAUCGACACGAAAUCGAGCCGCUCGAGCAUCGCUGCUACCUUCAAUACCAUUGAAAUAUACAAAUUCUUCUAGUAAAGAUACGAUUCAACACGUACCAUUCGAUUCCAAAUUAUCUCAAUCAUUACAAAUAUCCCUCUGUACACCUGUUUUGAAAGAGAAAGACGGUAUUUCUACUCGAAUCCUACGCUCUAAGAAUCAACCAUUGAGACCGAACAGAAAUGCUCAACAACAUGCACAAACAGAUAGAAAUCAUUUAACAUCAAGACAAAGCCACAUACCAGAUUUGUAUAUUACAUCAAAAUCAUUGAACAAAUCCACUUCUGCUUGGGAGGAACCGACGCCGAAAAUAGACUCUCCAUCAAAUGAAGAAGAGUCGUUGGUUGCUGUUCAUACAAUAUCUGAUCUAACUUACACUCCUCAGAUUUGCAUUGAAGAAUACAACGAUGUCGACUCAUCCACUCCCUUGUCACCUAAACAGCUACUGUCAUUUAAUGACAUUUUCAAAUUAAAACCGCCGAAAUCAUCCGUAUCUCGUCGACAUUCGUACACAAACGCAUUACCAGCGCUUGCAGAACAUAUCAUUGACGAAUGA